AUGAGGAUGGUGAGGGAAGAGCAGGAGGCGAUGUCGGUGGCGGAGAGAAGGGAGUCGAAGGUGGAGAAGGAGGGGCAGGAAGAGAGGAGGAGGGUGAUCAAGAACAUUUCUGGAGGUGUAAAAAGAGUGAAGGAUCACCUUGCAUGCAAUCAUAAAGAAGUGGCGAUAUGUCGGAAGGUACCUGAUGAUGUGAAGAACGAGAUACAGGUGUACUUGAGUGCCUUCACCGACAACAAGCACAAAAAGCAAAGAAAUUAUAAAGAGAUGGUCGAUAGUGGGUCAUAUUCCAAGGUGGCGAUGCUCCUAUUAGGAGUAAGAGGUCCCAUGGAUAGGUAUAUGGUGAGCGACAAAGAUGGACAAAUACCUCCACCGAAGCCCAAAAAGCACAGAAAUCAAGUUUGCUUAGACAUUGGAAGAUUCUUUUAUGAGAAUGCUAUCCCGUUUCAUGCUGCAACAAGUGCAUCAUUCGUGAGUAUGGUACAAUCGAUUGGAAAUUAUGGUCGAGGACUAAAGCCUCCAUCUAUGCAUGAGCUACGGAAUUGGAAACUCGAUGAAGAGAAGAAGACGACCGAGAAGAUAGUGGAUGAGAUCAAAGAAACCUGGAAGAAGACUGGCGUUUCCAUAUUAUCCGAUGGUUGGUCGGAUAUGAGAAAUAGAAGUCUAAUCAACUUCUUGGUGAACAAUCAGUAUGGCACUAUUUUUUUGAGAACAGUUGACGCAUCAGACUGUGUGAAGGAUGCUCAAAAACUUUUUGAGUUGCUUGAUGAUGUUGUUAGGGAUGGCAAUCAGAUAAUUGACGGAUUGCCAUCCCUAGCUGUUGUAGAGGAAGUUGGUGAAGAGCAUGUCAUCCAGCUUGUGAUCGACAAUGCAGCCAAUUACAAAGCAGCUGGAAAGAAGUUGAUGGAGAAGCAGACACAAUUGUAUUGGACUCCAUGCGCAGUGCAUUACAUCGACUUGAUGCUUGAGAAGAUUGGUGAGUUACCGCAACAUAAAAAUGCAUUACUCAAGGCGAAGAAGGUGAGCAACUUCAUAUACAACCAUCAAUGGGUGCUAGCUCUUUUCAGAAAGAUGGCAGGAAAAGAUUUGCUUCGACCCGCUGCGACACGAUUCGCCACUGCCUACUUGACAUUAGAGAGCAUGCUUGAAUUGAAGCAACCAUUGCAAACAAUGUUUGUAUCAAGAGAAUGGCAAGGAUGUGCUUGGGCAAAGAAAGCUGAUGGUAAGGAAUUGAAGAAAAUUGUGAUGAACGACAACACAUUUUGGCCUAGUGUGGUUUACUCCAUUAAAACCACUAAGCCACUUGUUGAAGUUUUGAGGAUAGUUUAUGGGGCUAUGGAUGAGGCAAAGGAGAAGAUAGCCAUGAACUUCGAGGGAAAAGCAUCUUCGUACAAAGAAAUUUGGGCUCGAUAUAGGUGGAGUCCAAAUGUUUCCACACAUUCCGAGAUCAAGAGUGGUUUGUACAAGUGUUUAGAUCGGCUCGUUCCGAAUCAAAAUACUUACUCUAAGAUCGAUAUGCAACUCGAUGAGUACAACCACAAGAAAGGAUUAUUUGGCAUUCGAGCAUCUUUGGCAUCGUACAUGACACGUCCACCAGUUGCAUGGUGGGACAAUUUUGGUGAUGAUGUUCCGGAGCUUAAAGCAUUUGCCAUUAGGAUCCUUGGACUUACUUGUUCAGCCUCCGCAUGUGAAUGCAAUUGGAGUAUGUUCAAUCAUGUGCACACAAAGAAAAGAAAUCGUUUAACCACGACGAGGUUGAACAAUUUAGUGUACAUCAUGUACAAUAGGAAAUUGAAGUACAAGUACAUGAUGAUACAACAACGAAAGGAUGAUGUGGAUCCAUUGGUGGUUGAAGAACCUGCUUCGGAUGAUGAGUGGGUAGCCAACCCAAGCCAACUUGAGGAAGAUGAAUCGCCGCUAACAAUUCAAGCGGUGGAAAGCUCAAGUAGACAAAGGAAGAGGAAACAAAGAGGUGGGAACCUUGGAUUGAUUGAUGAGGAUGAAGAAGAUGAAUAUGAUGGAGAUGGAGAUGAGGAUAAGGAUGUUUCACACUUCUUGGACAUUUGA